AAAACAAGAUCUGUUGUUAUUAUGUUUGUUUAGGACAGCAAGAAGAACUUCACUAUCUUCUAGUUCUCCACCAGAAAUGAAGCAGAUUUUCCUGGUUUUUGUCCUCCUCUAGCCACACCAAUCUCCCCCAUAACUUCUCUCUCUAUCUCUCUUUCUUCUUUUUUUUUUUUUUUUUUUUGUUUUUGUUUUGUUAGUAGACAAUAUAUCUUCCUUUAGGGAGCAUCAAUUAAAUCAAAAGCAAACAAGAGAGGUUGGUGGAGAAGAAGAUCAACCAAAAAACAGAACAAGAAAGAAAUCAAGAAAGACAAAAGGGUUUUAUUUCAAUAGAUAUCACUUUUUUUUUUCUGCUCUUUUCUUUCUGGUUCUUCUUCUUUCAAUGUCAAAUAUCACAGGCGAAGGUAGGAGUUUCUCUUCUGGGAAUACUGCUGGUGUUGGAGAAGAAGUUCAAGGACAACAACAAGAACUUAUUCUAAAUCAUCACUUAAACUCCAUAGCCAAUUCAACUACUACUACUACUACUAAUACUGCUGCUAACAGCAAUGGCUCCACCGCCACUCAACAACUGCAACCCCCACCAGUUAAGAAGAAAAGAAACUUACCUGGGAAUCCAGACCCUAAUGCAGAAGUUAUUGCUCUAUCACCAAAUACACUUCUGGCUACAAACAGAUUUGUAUGUGAAAUCUGCAACAAAGGUUUCCAAAGAGACCAGAAUCUUCAGUUGCAUCGGCGAGGGCACAAUCUGCCAUGGAAGCUUAAGCAGAGAACAAGCACUGAGAUCCGGAAAAGGGUUUAUGUUUGCCCAGAACCUUCGUGUGUUCAUCAUAACCCGGGUCGAGCAUUAGGAGAUCUUACAGGUAUCAAGAAGCAUUUUAGUCGAAAACAUGGUGAAAAGAAAUGGAAAUGUGAUAAAUGCUCAAAGAAAUAUGCAGUGCAAUCUGAUUGGAAAGCUCACGCAAAGACCUGCGGCACCAAGGAGUAUAAAUGUGACUGUGGCACCAUUUUCUCCAGGAGGGAUAGCUUCAUUACUCAUAGGGCUUUUUGUGAUGCCCUAACUGAAGAAAAUAACAAAGGAAACCAAGGAUUAGCACCCAACAACAUUGGACAAAGCUUACAAGUCCAAGUGACCAACCUCAUGUCCAUGCCUAUAAACAACAGCAACAACCAGAACAGUAGCGAAGAUCAAUCUUCUAUAAUGUCCAACUUUAAUCAUGUAGACAUCAAAAUCCCAUUAUCUUUACCUCAUGAACUCAUGCCAACGCCUGCCAAACUCCCAUCAGGAACCUUGUCUGCAAGCAGCACUGCUAGCCUUCUUGGCGGUGCAAGAACAGCUGUCUCAAAUUCUUCUUCUUCUUCUUCUUCCCUUCAGUUAAAUGCAAGUUCAGCAUCAAUCUUUGAAAGAAAGGGGAAUUUGGCUAGCUCGGCAUCAAUGUCAGCUACUGCGUUGCUACAAAAAGCAGCUCAAAUGGGUGCAACUGCAAGUAGUAAUAACCUGAACUAUCCUAUGACGCACAAGAGCUUUGUUAUUACUAGCAUGGCACCCUCAACAUUUGCUUCGGUUCAGACGCAAAAUGACCAGAUAGGAAGCAGUGAUGGCUAUGUCAGUCAGUUUUUCAAUGCGAACGAGGGCAUGUUUAAUGGAGUUUUAGAUCACCAAGACAGUGCAUUGUUCAAGAUUCAAGGGCAAGAAAGCAGCAAUAACAAGAGCUUCUUCGGUAAUGGAGGAAAUAAUCAAAGUGGGUUAUCAAGAUUUAGUGGAGAUGUGAUGACUGUUGAUUUCUUAGGUGUAGGAGGAUCAAGAAAAAGGAGUAUCCAUGAAGUACAGCAGAAACCAGAAAUGGAAUUUAUAGGAAUCGGCCAUCAUCCACUGGUUCACUUCGAGCAACAAGCAGCAUUGGAGAAACCGGUAUGGGAUAUAUGAAAUAAGAAAAAGAAAAUAAUCCUUGUAAUAAGUUGAGCUUUUUCUUUGUAAUUUCUUACUUCUUCUUCCCCUAGAUAUUAUUAGUAGCCAUUGAUAACCUCUCCAAGUGUACUUCUCUUGCUAAAGAGCAAGAUGAUGAGGAUUUUUGGCAUAAAAAAAGAAUAGCAAUUCAGUAUGAGUAUGUAGAAGUCUUAAUAAAAAUAUAGAUAUUCUGGAAA